UGGCUCGGGAUUGGAACAUUUUUCAAUGUUUGUUUACAUUGUCAGUUUAUCAGUCACGUAGCCUAUUUCUUAUUCCAUUCUGAUUCAUGCCGUACAAAAAUAUAAUUAUUAAUAGAAGUAUAGUGUCCGUUGCGUUGUGUUUGUGCACGGAAUCGUAAGCUGGUUAUAUCUUAUAUCACACCGGAGUGAUGAAGGUGUCAACGGUUAAAGUGCAAAUACAGAUUAUAGGGGUUUUAAUAAUUAUUGGUACUGUUUAUAGUCAUAACAUUCUAGGGUUAUUCCCCACGACAGCAAAAAGUGCCUUCCUUGCUUCAGAAGCAAUUAUGAAAGAACUGGCUAGAAGAGGACACAACGUCACUGUAGUUUCUUGUUUUCCUCAACAGAAUAAAAUUAGUAAUUAUACUGAUAUUAGUAUUAGAUCUGCUAGGGAAUCUAUGAUGUAUGAAAGCAGCAUUGAUAUUAAGAAAUACAAUAUCCCUUUGGAUAUUUUGGAUCUCACUCCAUUUUUUACCGAUUUGAUUGAAAGCAUGAGAAGUGUUCUUGAAUUUAGUGGAAUUCAGGAACUUCUAUCAUCAAAUAUGUCUUUUGAUGUGGUAUUUCAUGAAAUGUUUGUUGAUGAUAUUUUUUUAUUGAUUUCCAGGAAAUUCAAUGCUCCGAUUAUAGCUAUAGGUCCAUCCUAUAUUUUACCAUGGGCUGCUGAUCGCUUUGCGAUUCCUCAAAACCCAUCUUAUAUCCCUGUUAUUGCUAAUGGCUAUAGUGCUAAAAUGAAUUUCUGUGAAAGGCUUUGGAAUACAAUAACUUUGAUAAGAAGUAAAAUAGAUUAUUGGAAUAUAUUAAAUCCCAAGUCACUUGAGGUAUAUAGUAAACACUAUAAGGAAACUUUACCUUCAUUCCGUGAGGUGUCAAGUUAUGUCAGUAUGUAUUUUGUGAAUCAGCAUUUCACUUUAAAUAGACCACGACCUCUUCCUCCGCAAGUGAUAGAGAUAGCAGGUGUUCACUUGAAACCAGUAAAAGCAUUAGAACAGGAACUCCAAAUGUGGAUGGACAAUGCACCUUUCGGUGUCGUCUACUUUUCCUUUGGUUCAAUGCUGCGAGGAGCAUCUCUCCCAACUGAGAAAGUGCAGAUUUUCCUUGAGGUAUUCCGAAGUUUCCCACAAAGAGUGUUGUGGAAAUGGGAAGAUGACCCUCCAUCUGGUGUGCCGGAACAUGUAAAAGUGCUUAAAUGGCUACCACAGAGAGACAUUUUGGGUCAUAAAAAUAUUCGGUUUUUCAUCUCACAUGGCGGGCUGCUCGGAGUGACAGAAGCAGUGGCAGAAGGAGUCCCGAUCUUGGGGAUUCCCACAAACAUGGACCAGGCUAACAAUAUUGCUUCCCUUGUAGACCUUGGUGCGGGGAUGGUAUUGGAUUACAACAACAUCACCGUGGAGACGCUUUAUUACAGUUACAACCAGAUGUUGAGUGACAGCAGUUAUGCUGAGAACGCCAAGAAGCUUUCUGAAAGGUUCCUCGACCGUCCACAGAGUCCCCUGGACACUGCAGUGUACUGGACUGAGUAUGUCAUCAGACACGGUGGAGCUCCCCACCUCCAGAGCGCUGCCGUACAUCUCACCUGGUACCAGUAUUAUCUGCUAGAUGUCAUCGCUGUCUGUCUAGCGGCCCUGGCUGCUACCGUAGCUACUGUCGUCUAUAUCAUCAAAACCUCAUUGAGGGUAUUUUGCUCAAGAACAUCCUCCAAGAUGAAAGUCAAUUAAUAACAAGUAGCCUAUUCAUUUCAGCAAUACUAAAGAUGUGAUUUACAUCGUCCAAUGAACCCUUUUACCGCCAGGUCAUAAGCCACAUUUUGUGUGAACUGCCAGAACCUGCCAUGGCAGUUUGUUCAGUUUUAUACAUGUACACAUAUUCAUCCGUUUUUCCACCAAUUGUAAAGAUAGAAUGAUAAGUUUAGCACUGUUUAUAAAUAAAUAGACUAAAAGUACCCCCUUAGACCUGUUUGUUAUUUUAUUUUUAAUAUUUAAUUUAUUAGGUUUAAAAUAUAACAAAUAUUUUUUUUUAUUACUCAUGUGGGAAUUUCACUGAAAACUGAAAAUAUUUGUUUGCCAAAAAUCUUUAUAUUAUUUUAAAUGUAACGAUUUCAGCAAGUUUGAAAACACAAUACGACUUAUUAACACUUUGAUUAAUUUAUUUAUUCAACAACUACAAAACGCGAACUUUUAUAGAAUCAUCUACUUCCAUGUGUUAUGAGUUUGAAAUUGUAUAAUAGCUGAAAAUUUGAAUAAUUUGUAUAAUAAUGUUUUUAUUUCUAUGUGAUAAACUACAUUAUUGUAUUUUAAUAAUAUAACACUUAACAUGAAAAUUUAGUAUAUAAACGUAUGAACACUGAAAAAUCUGAUUUUUACUUAUAAGUAGAACAUAAAAAUUAAAGGAAACAGGAUUUUUCCGGACAUUUUCCAUCUUUCAGUGAAACAAGAAAUCAGUAACACUAGGUUUUGAGAUCUGCAAUCUAAUCUCUUCUUCAAGUAAAUAACUAACC